AUGUCUGUUUUAGCUACGGAUUCUUCGAUCCCUUCCUUUUGGAGACCAAACUUUCAAGAAAAUAUCCAAGAAUCAAGACCAAAAACAACAACUGCUCUUCCACUCAAUGAGCUUUCGGAUGUCGACGAGGCUCCUGAUGUUAUCCACGAUGAUGGCCUUGUGAUGAAAACAGAGAUUUUUCCAAACGUUUCUGAUGUACCCAUCACGAAUGAGGAAAGUAAUUCUCCUUUAAAGGUCUAUAAUAACAUAAGGAGACCUUUUACUUCGUCGGGCCCGACCCCAGGUUCGGUUCCUCUACAUUCUUUUACUUCUUCAAACAAGGAAAUCAUCGAUUUGAACUCUCCUUCAUUGCACCAAAAAAAGAAGUUUUCAUUUUUCCCAAGCAAUCAAAAGGAUCGUGAAUCUGCCUCGCCUGACAGUUUGUCUGCAGUCCCUGCCAUAAAUGUAAAUCCCAAUUACCGAGCAUUUGAUGUUGGUACUGAAACAAGAAGACGCUAUUUAGAGCUUUCCCAGGUUCAAAACCGUCAGCGGUAUGCCAACAAAGUAAAGAGUGCUUCUCCAGCACUGUUAGAUACAUCUACUCUAGAUUCGAGACUGAAUUUCACCAUGGAAAGGUUGGAACGAUCUAUUGCUCAGCUCUCAAAGAAUACAAUGCGCGCUGUUUCACACUUGGAAAAUCCUCCUAGAGAUAUUCCCAUACCAAAGAUUAACAGCAAACAUGCUGCUUGGCCUUUGCAACAAUCAACUGCUUCGCCGGCCGAUUCAUCAAAAUCCAGACCUUAUUCUGUUCCAGCACCUUCUCCAUCCCAAUCUGAAGAAUAUGAAGCCAUGAAAUCUGCAGCUACAUACUCGCCUGCUCGAACCCUCAAUAAACGGAACCCUCGAGAGUCACCUAUGCCACCGUUGCCUUCAAACCCUACUUCUCCGUCUUCAGAGAAACAAGAGAAUCAACUAAUGGAUUCGGGUAUGCAUACUCCAAACACCUAUGAGGCCAGCUCUCAUCCUGCCGACAAUACUAGCGCCGCGUCAUCCGACGCUCUUUCACGUUCUGUCAAUUCCUUCCAACCUCUGCCAAAUAAUAGUGAUUUAUUUUUCAAACUUCACUUAAGCAGCGUUGAUGAUGAUUUAGACAGUAGUCAUCAAAAAGAAGCUUCUGCGUCAAAUGUCUACAAUCCUUCUUCGCGUACCGAAUCCACCAACUCACCUGCUCCUUACGCAAGUGAGAAUCCCCGGUUUUCAAAAGGUUCCCCAUUCCGUACUAACCCAAAAUCGAACGCGAAUCCUUCACCCCAGGAAGAUGUUUCUAUUGUUUCCGACUACAAUGAUUCGCUCCGUCAAAGAUCCACACACCCUCAAACACGAGAAAAGGGUGGGGUUGCUUCAGAUUCUGAGCUUCGAAAUUUUGCAGCUCCUGAGCCAGCACCAGUUCCUCAAACAGCACCGAUUAACCAACAAACUCCAAAGGCGACUACCCAUGUCCCGAAAAAGAAAAAGAAAUCAAAAUUAGAAAAACUCUGCUGUGUUAUUGCAUAA